UCAAUAACCCCUCCCUGAUUACAAACGGAAUUUAAAAAACAAUGUCUGAAAGAAAGAAUGAACUAAAUCAGAUUUUGCUAAGGAUUGACGGGGCCGCUCUAUCUAAUAAUUUUGAAGAAGUUGAAAUUCUGAUUAAAGAUGCCUCAACAAAACUGGAAGAUGGGAGAGCAGAGUUAGACGAGGAAACUGUUGAGCAUCUUCAAUCGUCAUUGGCAUCCAUGUCAAGACUUGCCAGAGACAUGAGGAAUAUUCCAGUAAAUUCUGGCUACAAAGCAGAUAGACCUAAGACAGGUAGAAGAGGAAGACCCAAAAUAGAUAUGGCUACCAACGAAUUGAAAGCUUUUUGUGGGGCCAAUUUCAAGGGGACUAAAAUGGCUGAACAUUUUAAAUGCUCCACUAAAUCUGUAUACAGACGAUUAAAAGACGAGGGGCUAAGUAACAGAUACAGUGACAUAACCAAAGAAGAUCUAGAUGCCCAAAUCCUGGAUUUGAAAUCUUCUUUUCCAAAAGCAGGACUGCAGAUGAUGCAAGGUUACUUAGUGUCCAGAGGGAUAUGUGUACAACGAGAAAGAGUAAGAGAAUCUUUAAGACGUCUUGAUCCAGAAGGGUGUGUUGAAAGAUGGUCUACGGCAGUACACAGAAGAAGGUACAGCGUACCAACACCAAAUCAUCUAUGGCACAUGGACGGACACAUGAAACUCAUCAGAUGGGGAUUUGCUACACAUGGUUGCAUUGAUGGUUUCAGUCGAUUCGUCACCUUCCUGAGAUGUGGUAUUAACAACACUGCAUCUACUGUGCUACAGCUUUUUGUGUUCGCGUGCUGUUCGUAUGGUGUACCAAGCAGAGUCAGGUCAGAUCAUGGUGGAGAAAACACCAAAGUUGCCUUGUUUAUGAAUUUGAUCAGGCAAAGAACUAGCCACAUCACAGGCAAGUCGGUGCACAAUCAGAGGAUUGAGAGGCUAUGGAGGGACAUGCAUACCCAGGUAACCUCCAAAUUUUAUAAUGAGUUCUAUCAGAUGGAAGAGGACCCAGUGAUAAAUUUGGACCCAGACAACAUGAUCCACCGUUCGGCCCUACAAUAUGUUUAUUUGCCAGCAAUAAACAGAAGUCUGGAAGAGUUCAGAAAUGGCUGGAAUGGCCACAAGAUUAGGUCUGAGGGACACAUGUCCCCAUCACAAAUAUGGAUGUCGGGAAUGUUGGAUAACAUGAGCUCGGGAUAUACACCAACAUCCGAAUUAUUUGGGGUAAAUCCAAGCAUUGGAGAUAGACUGGAUAGUGGUCUACAAAGAUUUGGUCUUACUUUAGAUGAUGUUGGAGUUGAAAACUCACUAGCUGUUCCAGAAGUUCCAAUUGAAAUAAUGGAUAUCAUCGAUCAGGAACUCAGUAAUAAACAAAAAUUUAGGCUAUGUACAGAGGUGCUGGUGAGACAAAACUGAAAUGCUAAAGGCCAAAGAAAUUAAAAGAAAGCAAAAUGAUUCA